AUGCAUCUAUUAGUGCGGGUAGCGCAGAGAGUGGCGGAGGCGGGGCUGCCCCACGCCCCUCCAACCUCCCCCCAUCCCCCCACGGCGCCCCAGGGCCCCGCCCGCCGCCACCACGUGUCCGCCACCUCACCGCAACUGCCGCUGAGCAAAGAGCAGCCUAACUUAACGCACACGAUCAAUGGAAAAUUGUCGAAAGAAGCGUUCGCAAGAAGCCACACGCGU